UUUGCUCGUCACAGCACACGGUAGUCGAGAAACGCAGCGAGCUCAAGACAGCUGAUAAACAGCCCGCCAGUGGACAGUUAAUGUUGAUGACACCUCUCUUCUGUUCUCGAACUAAAGAUCUGGCAGUCAAAGCUUUCACUAAAACCACCGGAGGAAUGAAGAGGCAAGAUGGAUAUAGCCUACGUCAUUUUUUCCAAACCUAAGCUUUCAAAAGCGGCAACAACUACUGAGCAAGAAGUACAAGAACCAAGGAUUGAAAAUGUGGACCAUGAAAAGCCAAAGAGCACCGCCAAAAUGUCAAAAGUUUGGAAGUGCAGCAUGGCCAGGAGAGGACGUCAGCCCGCCCCGCUUCCCUCCCAUUUUGAUCUCCGGCCACCCUCGGAACGGAUUAAGCAGAGGCGGGGCCCCCGCCAUGCGCCGCGAACGCUCACUCGUCGCCGGCCGUCGCGAUGGCCUGCCUGGCGGCGCUGCGGUGCGCUCACGACCCGGCCGUCACCAACGCCGUCAUCAUGAACACCAACGGGCCUCCGGAUUUGCUGCUGGACCCUCCGUCGACGUUUAUCUACGUGGAACACGUCACCCGACGCGCGGCCCCCCGGCGGGGACCUCCCCAGGCGGCGGACGGCGGCCCGGCAGCGGCUCAGAGGUUCCGGUCCUUGCCGCGGAGACCGGCCGUGGACAUCCACUUCAGGGACCUGGAGUACUCAGUCAGGGAGGGACCCUGGUGGAGGAACGACGGUAACAAGAUUUUACUGCGCGGGAUCUCGGGAAAGUUCUCCAGCGGAGACCUGGUGGCCAUCAUGGGACCCUCGGGGGCCGGGAAGUCCACCCUCAUGAACAUCCUGGCGGGCUACAGGGAGACCGGAAUGAAGGGGGAGAUCCUGAUCAACGGCCACCCGCGAGACCUGCGAUCUUUCCGGAAAGUUUCCUGUUACAUCAUGCAGGACGACAUGCUGAUGCCUCACUUGAGCGUGCAGGAAGCCAUGAUGGUGUCGGCCAACCUCAAGCUUCGGGAGAAGGAGAACGCUCGAAAAGAGAAGGUUUGCGAGAUCCUGAUGGCUUUAGGUUUGCUAGACUGCGUCUCCACCAGAACCUCUCACCUGUCGGGGGGACAGAGAAAAAGACUGGCCAUCGCGCUGGAGCUGGUCAACAACCCGCCCGUCAUGUUCUUUGACGAACCCACCAGCGGUCUGGACAGUUCUUCGUGUUUCCAGGUGGUGUCGCUGUUGAAAGCUCUGGCUCGCGGCGGUCGCACCAUCAUUUGCACCAUCCACCAACCCAGCGCCAAACUAUUUGAACUGUUCGACAAGCUCUACGUGCUGAGUCAGGGUCAGUGCAUCUACAGAGGAAAGGUGUCCGCUCUGGUGCCUUACCUGGGAGAACUGGGACUCCGUUGCCCCACCUACCACAACCCGGCUGACUUCGUGCUGGAGGUGGCGUCGGGGGACUACGGGGACCACGCGGCCAGCCUGGUGCGAGCGGCGCACCGCGCCGGAGCGGAGGAGGAAGAGGGGUGGCCCUGCCGCGUCAACGGCAACGCCGGUACGCCGGCCGUGAGGCCGGCUGACGAGGAGCGGUCAUCCGACGGCUGCAGAGGUUUCUCGGCCGGCUGCCCCGCCCAGUUCGCCAUCUUGUUCCGGAGGACCUUCCUCAGCAUCCUCAGGGACUCUGUGCUGACCCACCUGCGCGUGUCAUCCCACGUCGGCAUCGGCGUGCUGAUCGGUCUUUUGUACCUCAACAUCGGCAACGAGGCCAAGAAGGUCCUCAGCAAUUCGGGCUUCCUCUUCUUCUCCAUCUUGUUCCUCAUGUUCGCCGCCCUCAUGCCCACCGUUCUGACCUUUCCGCUGGAGAUGUCUGUACUGCUGAGGGAGCAUCUCAACUACUGGUACAGCCUCAAAGCCUUCUACUUGGCAAAGACCAUGGCUGACGUCCCCUUCCAGGUCGUAUUCCCGGCGUUGUACUGCAGUAUCGUGUACUGGAUGACGUCUCAGCCGGCAGACGCCACUCGCUACUUUCUCUUCCUGUCGCUGGGGGUCAUGACCUCCCUGGUGGCUCAGAGCCUGGGACUUCUGAUCGGAGCGGCCUCCACUUCCUUGCAGGUGGCGACAUUUGUGGGUCCGGUGACGGCCAUUCCGGUUCUUCUCUUUUCCGGCUUCUUUGUGAGCUUCGACACCAUUCCGUGGUACCUCCAGUGGAUGUCCUACAUUUCCUACGUCAGGUACGGUUUCGAGGGCGUGAUCCUGUCCAUCUACGGCCUUCACCGUGAGGACCUCCACUGCGAUCGCCAGGAGACCUGCCACUUUCAAAAGUCGGACGCCAUCCUGAGGGAAUUGGACAUGACGGACGCGCAGCUCUACCUGGACUUUGUCAUCCUGGCCGUCUUUUUCUUUGCGCUGCGAUUGCUGGCGUAUUUGGUCCUCAGAUACAAGAUCAGAGCAGAAAGGUAGAACUGAGCAAAGACCGGCUAGCCGAGUUAGCACGUAGCUACCAUUCGGGAACCAAAGAGGAGGAGUCCGGAAUUACAGUUCUAACAAAAUAAGCGGCAUCCACCAGAUGCUUUCAAAAGAUAAGCGUCUCCUUGUCCAAAUAAAGUGCAGUUAGGACGUCGGCAACUGUCAGCGCGGGCGGGCAAAGUGGCGUUCGGACGAUCAGUUGGAAGGACCGAAUUGAGGACAAAAGGACAGAGAAAGAUCUCCAUCUGACUGUGUUCUCUGUCAAAAGUCUACUUGUUUUUUUUU